CCUCUGCUGCCUUUUGCUCUUUCUCUCUGCAGCCAGCUGUCUGUCCCUCACCCGGCAUCGGUCUCUUCAUGCCUCUGCUGCCUCUUGCCCUCCUUCCGCUCUCUGUCUUUCCCAUGUUUCCUUUCUGAUUUUUGUUGAGUUUCCCAUCAUCCCCUGCUUCUCUGGAUCCAGCGAGAUAUGAAGCGACACCAUGGGUUUCAUGGAAUUCUACCUGGAGAUUGACCCAGUCACCCUCAACCUCAUCAUCCUGGUCGCCAGCUAUGUCAUCCUGCUCCUGGUCUUCCUCAUCUCCUGCAUUCUGUAUGACUGCCGGGGCAAAGACCCCACCAAGGAGUACGUCCCUGACGCCACGCCGGCGCCGCCCAGCCAGUCGCCCAUCCGCCUGGUGGUCAUGCAGAACUCGCCCGCCUCGUCCCGCUACGAGCCCAACAACACGGCAGAGCCGCCAACGCCGGACCUGAGCCGGGACCGAGGCGAGAGGGAGCGGGAAAGAGAGAAGAGGAGCACCCUGGUUUGAGCAGGAGGAGGGGGAGGAAACUGAUUGUACAGAAUUUUAGUCCUGGACUCUUCUCUUUGGUUUCCAACAUCCCAGACGGUGCAGGAGCUGCUGAGGAGCUCAGCAGGAGGCGAGUUACACACCAACACUGUGUUUGCUCCUGGUGCCAUAGGGUCCAAUUCAACCGAUCAACAACCUGCUGGGUUAGACCACGACCAGGACCGGGUGACGGCGUCUGAUCCAAAGCUGGAUCCAGUUCCUUUGAGUGCUGCCUCCUGGGCUUCGCUGCCUGUUUGCAGUGACUGGAUCUCCACCCUUUGCAGCGGAUCCUGUUUCUAAACCACAGAAAUGAACAAGCCAACUUUUCCGUAAAUCACAUUUUGAAUCUCAACCAAGUAACCACUGGACACAAACCUCCAGAGGGAGGAACCGUGUCGGCCCAUGAAGGUGCAACAACCGUUGACCUUGUUCCAUCAUCGUCGGGAAUCACCCGCAGUGGAAGCCACUGACAGUCAGAAAUGGAGCGCCAGCAGCGGCAGACUGCGCCCGGGGGGAGGGGAGCGUGUGCAGCCCACAAAUCCUCCGUCUGAGCCUUCAUCAUGGAGAUGAAAUGUGUGAGUCCAGUCAAACAUCAUGUGUUCAUCUAUCAACGUGGUGAACAACGUCUGGACGCUUAAAGCUUAAAGCUUAAAGCCAGCCAGCAGCAGGUGUGAGGAUGACCCUGAACGCCUCACACUCGACCUUUCCUCACGUUAAGCCAAAGCACGGGCAGAACUCUUGAACAGACUAAAAAGGUUUGAGCAGCAGUAACCAGACUGUUUUUGUGUUUGGCAGUGACUCCCUCGGUCCAAGCACAGAAUGACCCAGAGGUGCCACCACGGCCUGGCCUGAUAUGUGGAUAUGUGGACGGCUCACUUCUACCCCCUGAUGUGUCCUGGUUUAAUACCAGAAACAUCCAGGUCUGAACUGAGCAAUGGGUGAAGAAGCAGGAAGCAUUUCUGUACGUCAGUCGUCCUGAAGUGUGAACGGAGCCUCAGGCUUCAGAUGGACCCUGAUCGACUCUGACUGGUCUGCUUCUACUGCCCUCAUGGCCAGAACCUCGGCGGCGUCAGAGCCCGCGUUCGUUGGCCAGAUGAGGCUUUGUAGGACUCGUGCUGCCGAGGCCUUCAAAUCCUCUUACGUAAAGUGACAUGCAGCCAGCUGAGCAGCAUCCUUCAUGUUUGUGGAUUACUUGGUGGACGCUGCAGAGCAUUAGCAGCCUGUUAUGUGUUUGUUUCCAUGGGGAGGUUGCGUAAGCUUCAGGUCGAUCACCAGCAUCAUCAUCACCAUCAUCAUCAUCAGCAUCAUCAUCAUCAUCAUCAUCAGCAGCAGCAUCAUAAUCAGCAGCAGCAGCAGCAGCAGCACGCAACGCUGCGGACCACAGGGCCGUGUCUGUGACGUCAGGCUAAUCCCAGGGAUUCCAGACCCUCAGCGUGUCUGACACCAUGAACCACGACACGCAGACAAACUGCUCAGCAUAAACCCUGUAAAUAUGUUGUGGUGGUGGAACUUUCCUGCUGUUAUCGUCACAAGUCUAGAUGUUGUGUUUGGUGUCUCUGGUUUGAAAUAGGCCAAUAAAGAGGAAACGGUGCGUUUAA